UGGCAAAGUUUGCUUACAUGAGCAGCCAUUGAAUGUCCUGUCUCGUCGAAGGAGUCGUGUUUUGAAGUGUAACAAAUCGAGGUCACCUUUCCUGUUUCUGCACUGAGCGGCGCCUCUGUCUUGUGAAUGUUUUUGUUGAAUUCGUUCGUCGUCGUUAUUUGUUAUUAACCUUAAGCCUCCAGGGACCCGGUGUGACCCGACUGUGGACAAAUACUGAACAGCAGAUGACAGUGACAGGCGGGGUGUUGCUAGCCUAUCGGCGAUAAGAGAUAAACGUCGUGAACGGCCUGUCAAAAGCAGAUAACGACGGACUAUAACGGUUAAAAACUCGACAAUGUGGAGGAGAGCCAGCUCCUAAACUCGAGCGGCUAUGCUGACGUGACUUCUGGACCGGGUGGCGUAUUUCUUCCACACACUCUGGAAUUUAUCUUUUCCUGUUCACUUUUCGUUUAAACCGGGAGACGAUGCGACUUUUAAUCCGCAUGUCGAGGUGUACACAUGGCGUGCAUUUACACAAGCCUCCACAACCCCGGACGGUGUGGCUCGCCGUCUCUCCUGACCCCCAGAGGAAGCGACCUCCGCCCAGGUCCUCGCUGCCGACCGGCUUCCUUCUCCCGUCAGUCAUGUCGGCUCUCUCCCGCAGAGAUAUCAAUUCACUUCGCUCAUACACUUCCGCCAAGACACGGACACCCUCACGCACACCCGUUGCCUUUGCCAGCUCUUCGGUACCGUCCACAUCCGGAUCGCUGAAGGGCCAGACUGACACCGAAGGCGGCCAAACACCGACCAACGUACCCCUAGAGGACAUCAGAAGAGUUUUACGACUUGCCCAUCCGGAGAGAUGGAAACUGACAGCUGCUGUUGGCUUCCUGACCGUCUCCAGCGCUGUCACUAUGUCAGCACCGUUUCUCCUGGGUAGAGUGAUCGACACAAUCUACACGGCUGGAUCAGACGCGGAGGCCAUGGCAUCCUCGCUCACUUCGCUGUGCCUCGUGUUGACUGGCGUGUUCUUAUGCGGUGGGGCUGCCAAUGCCGCCAGAGUCUACCUCAUGCAGAUUUCAGGCCAACAGAUUGUCCGCAAUCUCCGCGCCUCCGUCUUCUCCUCCAUCCUCAGACAGGAAGUGGCGUUUUUCGACAGGAACAGAACCGGCGAGUUGAUCAAUCGCCUUUCUGCAGAUACAGCUGUGGUCGGCCGCUCCAUCACAGACAAUCUCUCCGACGGCUUGAGAGCUUUGGCCCAGGCGGCUGCUGGUGUUAGUAUGAUGUUCUACGUCUCGCCGAGCCUGGCAAGCUUCAUGCUCCUGAUAGUGCCCCCUUUGGCUGGGGUGGCUGUGGUUUACGGCCGAUAUCUUCGCUCCAUCUCAAAGCAUACGCAGGAUGCACUGGCCCAAGCCACACAGUUGGCAGAGGAGCGCAUCAGCAACAUGCGGACUGUCCGAGCCUUUGGAAAAGAACUGUCUGAAGUCAACACAUAUACGCAGAAAACGGAUCAGGUCCUCAAACUGGCCGGGAGGGAGGCUGUGCUACGUGCUAUCUUCUUUGGAGUGACUGGUCUCAGUGGUAACAUCAUGAUCCUGUCCGUGUUGUACAAAGGAGGCCUUCUGAUGGCGAGCCAGCACAUGACUGUGGGAGAACUCUCAUCUUUCCUCAUGUACACCCUUUGGGUCGGCAUCAGCAUUGCAGGUCUGAGUACUUUCUACUCGGAGCUGAUGAAAGGCUUCGGUGCAGGAGCAAGACUGUGGGAGCUGCUGGACAGAAAACCAGAGUUCCCCCUUAAUGAUGGUCAAGUUCUUUCUCCGGAGCAGUUGAAGGGACGCUUGGAGUUCCAUGACGUCUCCUUUUCCUACCCGACCCGUAAAGAUGCUCCAAUCUUCCAUAACCUCAAUCUUCUGGUACCAGCUGGAACCAUCAUGGCUGUAGUGGGACCAAGCGGUUCUGGAAAAUCAACUCUAGUAUCGCUGCUACUCAGGCUGUAUGACUGUGACUCAGGCAUCAUCACUGUGGACGGUCAUGACAUCAGGGACUUGAAUCCCUACUGGCUCAGAAGUCACAUUGGAACUGUUAGCCAGGAGCCGGUGCUGUUUUCUUGCUCCAUUAGCGGCAACAUAGCAUACGGCGCUACGGACCCGGACGCCGUGACCACAGAGGACAUCCACAGGGCAGCCCGAAUAGCCAAUGCGUAUAAUUUCAUCCAGGAUUUUCCUAAAGGCUUUGACACUGUGGUGGGGGAGAAAGGAGUGCUGCUGUCAGGUGGUCAGAAGCAGAGGAUAGCCAUUGCAAGAGCUCUUCUUAAGAAUCCUAAAAUCCUGCUUUUGGACGAGGCCACCAGUGCACUGGAUGCCGAGAACGAGUUCCUGGUGCAGGAGGCUUUGGAGCGACUCAUGGAAGGGAGGACGGUCGUCAUUAUCGCUCACCGACUCUCCACCAUCCAGAACGCCAACGCUGUCGCAGUUCUGGACCAGCGCCGUGUCGCCGAAUGUGGCCAGCACACGGAGCUGCUGGGAAACAGACAGGGGCUGUUCCGGAAACUGAUGGAGAAACAGGCUUUUCUCCAGGAAGAGCAGAAACGGUCCCUGAGCUAAUUUUCGUCAAGUGGCUGACGAAGAAGGAUGAAAUGAGGUGAGAUAUAUGUCUGGGGUGAACUAUAUCAUCCUCAUGCCGGCUGCCUGUGAUAAUGCCGCAGGUGUCCUUUCACCAAGCGACGAGGCUGAGUGAAGAACCUGAACAAGUAUUGACUGUUGACUACUUUUAGUAAAAUGUUAUUCUCCACCGAAGGAAUAAAAUGGUAAGAGGUGCUUCUCGAACUGGAGACACCUGUGGUUUUAAAACACUGUCAACAUGGAUGUAUAAUUCAGGUACAUUACAUGUCAUGUCAGACAGAACACUGAUUUCCAAAAACUAACCAAAAAACAAACGUAGACAAACAAACAGUAAGCCGUUAAUUACUGCUAGAUGUGUAUUUAUGUUCUCUGUUCUGGUAGGCUCACACGGAGAGCCUUUUUAGUGUUUACCGUUGAAAUGAAGCAGCUAUAUACAGUAUGUGGUAUUGAUAUUGUGUUAGUGGAGAAAAAAGCAAGAACACUUUUUUUUUAUGAGCACAUGUUUGAUCCUCUAAACACAUGCUUGUCUCUUAGUAUAAUUCUAUAUUAUUACACAAGUGCCAACUGGAUUUGCAUUGAGAUAUAAUUAAUAAGAGUUGGAUAUUUUGCUACAGUGACUUACUUAUUUAGGAACAGACGACAAUGAUCAUUCUGGUUGUAAUUUAUCGAGUGACUCUUUGUGCUAGUAUGUUGAAAUAACACUGGUUAUGAUUGGAUACUAAAUGUGUGGCAAUGGAAACACCGAGGUCAAACAAUCCAUUUCACCGUCAAAUUGUCAGCAUCAUCAAACUGACUGUGCAAAAACACUUCUAAUACUAUAAAAACAUUUUUUAUCAUAUUCAAAAUCCUGUCACAAUUCCUUUUUGAAAAAAAAAUAUUUUUACAUUUUUAAUGCGCUAUUUUUCUCCGGUUUCUCCUUCCGAGCCCAUGACAAUCAUACACUAACUUGAAUCAAGAGCAAAUCUCCUUAUUAAAUAUUUUGCUUGUACAUGCGCACAUAACUACUACAAGGGAGGGUUACCAUACUAAUUUACAGUUCAUUAAAAAAUAUCUUAGAUGAAUCGCAUAUAACUCAUAUUCCAGUACACUUGUGUUCAUGCUAGUGAAAGAACAAAUGUUUGAAAGAAAUGACAAUAUAAAGUUGUCACAUGCUCAAUCUUAACUAGUUUGAUGUGAUUAUGUACAAUACUGUACAGAGAGGUAUAAAUAUAAAUGAAUUUAAUUAUUUUAAAGGGUUUUGCCUGACAAACGUUAUUUUUGUAAAUUGGACUUUAGAUGCUUAAAUACAACAUUAUUUAAAUUUGUUCUCGUACAAAGAUUAGACUAAAUGCAGAGUUGAGGGACAUUGUUGAUAUUUAUUAUUUUAUAUUAUGUAGUUGUCAGACAUUGAUGUAUUGUGGCAUAACACAAAAUUCAUGAAUGGACUUUAAAAUUACAAAUUUAGGUCUAACAACAGAAAAUUAGCCUCACUUUCACGUUGAGGGUGCUUGAAAAUGUAUUAUGAAAAUGUGUCAUUUCUAUAUGUAUGUCAUGGAUUUCUAAUUAUCUAUGCUACAUUUUAAAUCAUGUUUUACUAAAUUAUUAUAGUUUUGUGUACAUGAAUAAAGUGGAACAUGUGUAGAUUUGA